CCCUCAUGUGAUGGGCGUGGCCGACGUGUCCAAACACAAAGGGCAGGACGAGAGGAUUCAACAUGGGAGACAGCUUCCAUGAGCAGUUGAAGGUGGACAGCUGGUUCCUGAAAUCUGACCGUCGUCUGGACACGGAGCUGGUGGAUAAGCUGAUUCUGCAGCUGAACCGAAUCUACCCUCAGAUCCUCACUGACAAGGAGGCCACCAGGUUCCGGGACCUGGACGUGCCCACCUGUGUGCGUCUGGCUGAGCUGCUGACGUACCUGCAGGACAAAGGCGAGGAGGCAUGCAGAGAGUUCUACCGCGCUCUCCACCUGCACGUGGAGGAUGUGUAUUUCAGUCUGCCCACACGUCUCCGCCGCCGCACAGACUCUGUGGAUCCAGUCCCGAGUCCAGCCGUCAUCCCCACUGACAGAUUUGUGUUGAAUAAGCAAGGUAAUCUGCCUUCACUGCACACAGAGCCGUGGUUUUACAUACGUACAAUUAAGCAUUUCUCUUCUCUCAUGAUCCUGUUUCCUGUUGAUCCAGGGCCGCUGUUCUUUCUGAGCUGUUUCUCUGCAGUUGCAGGAGCAGCCCUGGUAUAUUACUAUGGGGACUUUAAGGCGGCGUCGGGCUCGAGCAGCGCUCUGGGUCUUGCUGCUCUGGGGAUCGGGAGGAGGAUCAGAGAAGUUCUCAUCUGGUACACAUAGGACUGACUGUUAACGGUGUUACCAUGGAAACCAUGGCGAUACUGCAGAUACCCAGGUUUAAGUGCCUCGCAACAUCCGACUUCAGGGUUUUAACAUGAAUCUGUACAUACUGGAGCUGUAAAUAAUGUAACAACUGCCGUUUUUAAAGCUUCUAUUUUUUUCCUCAGAGAUGCUGGUGGGUCACACGAUGGGCAGGCACUGGUUUAGUAUCCCAGCUCAUCUGGGAUGAGUUGAUAAGCGUAGAUGAGGAAUCACACUCUCAGAAGUCUAAAUUGGCCUUAACAGUUACCAAGUACCUGCCAUUAGUGGCAUGUGUUACUGAUUAUUAUUAUUAUUAUUAUCAUUAUUAUUACUAUUAUUAUUAUUAUAUGGUCUUUAGGGUCUGUCUUGUAAUAGUACCUCCAGAACAGUGAUCACCAACUCUCCUCCGAAAAUCUUCCUAUUUACAGAGUUCAAAUAUAACCCCUUAUUAGGCUGUUCAGACGAAUCACUCCUUUGACCAGAUGGAUGUUUUUGGUGUUUCUGAGUUUGUGGUUGAACUUGGUAGAUCUCCAGGGAGUUGGUGACCGCUGACCUAGAAUAUAUUUAAAUGCACCUUAACUACAGAUUUGACUGACAAGCCGCACACUCCAUAUGAAAAUGUGUAAAACCACAUUCCCUUAAUAAAAAAUAAAAGUUGUGUGCAGACGUUUGGGCGCCCCCAGUCAAAUAACACGCAUUUGUUGACUUGCUAAGUAAAUAUGUGAACACAUCCUCGACAGAGACACACCUCUGCACAUUUUAAUACACAAUUACUGUUUAUUUACUGAAUUUAACAUACUGGAAAAAGAAAUAAUACACCA